AUGGAGAAAUACUCCAAACUGACUUCAACAGCCUGCAAGAGGCCAUCGGAUGGUGGAACAGGCUUCAAGGGGAAGCAAAUGAAGCUGUUGGAGACCAAGCAGGUGUCUCAGAAGACGGUUGAUCAGGCUAUCCUCCGCUUCAUCGUUCAAGGUCUCCAGCCCUUCUCCCUGGUUGAGAAACCAUCCUUUCAAGACCUUAUUGUAGAAUUGCAACCGAGAAGUGCUGUCAUGUCCCGCACAACUGUGCGGCGUAAGAUUGAUUCAGCUACAUCUAAAAUGAAAGAAAGUCUCAAGAACGAAAUGAAAGAGGUACCAUACAUUGCCACCACUACUGAUUGUUGGACGGCCAGGAGAAGAAGCUUUAUAGGUGUAACAGCCCACUGGCUCGAUCCUUGCAGUUUUGAACGCCGUUCAGCUGCCCUUGCUUGCCGUCAACUAAGAGGCUCCCACACAUUCGAUGCCUUGGCAGCUGUUUUGACCGACAUUCAUGCAGAGUAUGAAAUAAGUCUAAAGGUUGUUAGAACUACAACAGACAACGGGUCGAAUUUCGUCAAAGCGUUCCGUGUCUUCGGUCAGCAGGACGAAAAUAACAAUGAAGAGUUAGUUGCAGAAGGCACAAUCGAAGAAGUAGGAGAAGAUUGUGAUGCAUCUGAUGGUGAAGAGGAGGUGGAACUCAUUGAUGUGGAAGCCAUUCUGGAGGAAGAUGAUGGGCUUCAGUAUCAGCUGCCGAAACAUCAUCGGUGUGCAUGUCAUUUACUAAAUUUAGUUUCCACAGUCGAUGUUGAUAAGGCUAAUACGACAGAAGCUUACAAGAAAUUGUCCAGAUCAGCCUUUUCUAAGUGUCAGGCACUCUGGAAUAAAGCAUCAAGGUCUCCUCAAAAUGCUGAGCUUAUAGAGGAACACUGUAAGCUUCACUUGGUACAGCCUAAUUCAACUCGAUGGAACUCGUCUUUCAUGGCCGUGGAACGUGUGGUCAGAAUCAUUAAAGACCAAGGACAGUGGUCUGUGAGAACGGUCUGUGCUGCACUCAAUGUUCCAAUGUACAGUCCGGCUGACAUAGCCUUUUUAGGGGAAUAUGUCACCACCAUGAGUCCAGUUGCGAAGUCCUUGAACAUACUACAAGGUGAAGUCAACAUUCAGAUGGGCUGGCUGCUCCCGACAAUCACCACCCUCACAACCAAGCUUGAAAAGUCCAGACCGUCACUCAGAUUUUGCAAGCCACUUGUUGAUGCUCUUCUUGAAGGUUUGAGGAAGCGGUUUGAGAGCAUGAUGUCAGAGCCAGAGCUAAUUGCAGCAGCCAUACUUGUUCCAAGGUUCAAAACCUCCUGGACCAGCAAUGACACAGUCCUACAGCUUGGCCUUAGUUACAUCAAGACACAUCUGCCAGAACAUGAUGAAGGUCUUCGGUCUCCUGAUACCACAGCAUCCUCUUCUGAAGAUGAUGACUUCUUCUCCAAUGUCAAGCCGACACAUUCCAAUGAGAUAAGUCAGCAACUUGAUGGAUACCUAGCCGCUACAGCUGAUGGAGUGAAUACACUGGCCCCCUAUCCAGCUGUGCGUAACCUCUCACUAAAGCUCAACACAGCACUGCCAGCUUCAGCAGCGUGUGAAAGGCUUUUUAGCAUUGCCGGUUUGCUUUUCACCCCAAGAAGGGGAUCAAUUCAUUCACAGAAUUUUGAGAACCAACUUCUCCUCAAGUUGAACAAGGAGUUCAUGAAAUUUGAUUGAACUGAAGUACAGUACACACACACACACACACACACACACACACACACACACACACACACACACACACACACA